UGAUAACAGUGGGCAAGGCCUUUUCUCCCCCAUGCCUUAUAAGAGUGUGGGUGGUUAUAAGAGUGUGGAUAGUUGUUGGGAUUGUCUGCAGCAGCAUGGAUCAUCACUCAGCCGGUCUGCUGUUGCUGUUGCUCACCUGUUUAACAGGUUUUUCUACAAGUGACACUGGGGAGGAUGGAACCAUGGGGGAAAACCCAUACGGGCCGUCUUCAUUGGAGAUCGAUGGGGUCAGUGUGGUGACAGUGGGAAUCCCAUAUUAUUUCCAGUGCAAGGCCUUGUGCUUCCCGGGCUGCAAGUACAGCUGGACCAGGGGUAAUGUGACCACUCAGGGGCCCGUGCUGAGCCUGCAGCUCCUGCACACGAAGCCAACGGAGACCCUGACCUGCACAGUGGACAACCCGGCAACAGGGAAGUCAGCAUCUGUCCAAAAGACGAUGCAAGUGACGGCUGGGCCAUCGAACAUACGGAUCAGCGGUCCAACCUUUCUGACUUCAGGAGUUAAAUCCAACUUCAGCUGCUCGGCCAGCUGCUACCCAUCCUGCAGCUACAGGUGGACUAUUUCCUGGUAUGGGGAGACACUCCAAACUUUCGAAGGCGACACCGUGUCUUUCAGUCCAUAUACCAGCACCAUCAGCUCUGAAAGUCUGACGUGUGAGGCUGAGGACACCAUCUCACAUCUCUACAUCUCUACGACUCUGACGCUGCCGGUGGCAAGUGUAUCUGGCAUUAGCAUAGAAGGUGACACCACAGUGACGAUGGGACAAACGUACACAUUCACAUGCAUCGCGGCAUGCAUCCCAACCUGCAGCUUUACGUGGAAGUACAUGGGGACGACUUACCAGGGAGACCGAAUAGAGAUACCCAUCUUGCAUGAGGGGGACAAGAAAAAGUUUGCCAGUCACUUUGAGAUCACUUUAAGCGACUACUCUAAAAUUGAGCCUCUGACCUGUGUGGCAACAAACUCUAUAUCUCACGCCAGUCUCAACUCCACGGUGAACCUAACUGUCAUUGACCCCAUCUCGGUGCAUCCCACCUCCAAGGACCUGCCAGUGGCAGGCAAGUCUUUCUCCCUGCAGUGUGAUGGCUCUCAGAACCCAGCCUCCAUCACAUGGCUGAAGAACAAACAGCCAAUGCCAGCCUCUGACAGAGUGCAUUUCACCCCUGACAACGUCACGAUGACCUUCGGUCCUCUCCUGCAGGCCGAUGACGGUUUAUACCAAUGUGUGGUGGCAGAGGGGGGGCCCCUCAUCCAGUCUGUUGGCUACAAGAUGCAAGUCAACUAUGGGCCAUCCUCGGUGGUGAUCAGCGGGGUCGACGUAAUGACUUUGGGAAUGCCUUAUGAGUUCCAGUGCUCAGCCAGCUGCUACCCGACAUGCCAGUUCAGCUGGACCUGGGGUAAGGAGACCUCUCAGGGCCCGAAGCUGAGCUUGCAGCUGGUGGAUCCGGCGCCAACGCUGAACCUGGCCUGCACGGCAGUCAAUCCCGCUACGGAAAUAUCAGUCACCACCCAAAAGAUGCUGCAAGUGAUUGUCGGACCAACAAAUAUACAUGUCAGCGGUCCAGCCUUCCUGACUGCAGGAGUUACAUCCAACUUGACCUGCUCGGCCGACUGCCACCCCUCCUGCAGCUUCUCGUGGAUCGUUACCUGGAUGGGGGAGACGCUCAUUACUGCACAAGGCAGCACCAUUUCUGUCACUCUGCCUGUUAACAAUUUCCUCUCAGAUGUAAUUGUGACGUGUAAGGCUCAGGAAACCGUCUCACAUCUCGACAUCGAGAAGUCCCUGCAGCUGCAAUUGGCGAGUUUAUCCAACAUCACCAUCACCGGAGACAGCGCAGUGGCAAUAGGAAAACAGUACACAUACGAGUGCUUCGCCGACUGCACUCCGUCCUGCGAUUUCACUUGGACGUUCAUGGGGAAGCCUUUCGAGAACGAUCGGCUGGAUCUCACUAUUAGCGACUACUCUAAAAUCGAGCCUCUGACCUGUGAGGCGACGAACACUUUAUCUAACGCCACCAUCACCGCCACUAUGAACCUCACUGUCACCGACCCAUUCUCAGUGCGGCCCACCUCCCAGGCCCAGCCGGUUGCAGGCAAGCCUUUCUCUCUGCAGUGCCUUGGCCCUCAGCAACCCGCCGCUAUUAGCUGGCUCAAGAACCAACGGCAAAUGCCAGCGUCUGAGAGGGUGCACUUCUCCCCUGACAACACCACGGUCACCUUCAGUUUUCUCCUGCGAGAGGAUGAUGGGUUGUACCAGUGUCUGGUAGUGGAGGGGGAGAACCGCACCAUCCACGACAACACGCUGGUGGUGAUAGUUGUGGGUGGAACCCCCACCCUGUCUGUCGGCUACCUGAUGCAAGUAAACUACGGGCCAAAUGAGGUGCUCAUUGAGAAACCCAACGAAGGGCCGGUGGGCGAGGUGAUGUUGGUUCAGGCUGGAUCCACAACAGAGCUGCGAUGUGCAACCGACUGCUUCCCCGUCUGCCCCAUCACCUGGUUUUACAAAGGCGCGGUACUGUCUACAAAUGCCUCCAUAUCCUUCACACCUGUAAUACCUCCGUACGCGGCCGACCUCUCCUGCAUGGCAUCCAACCCGGUGACGGGGCAAAACAGCUCCGCUGUGACCGAAGUCGAGGUGCCUGACGGACCGACCUAUGUGGUCAUCACCGGACCGAGGGAUCUUGAAAUCGGGGUCACGGCGAGCUUCGUUUGCUCGGCCGACUGCUCUCCAUCCUGCAGCUUCAAGUGGACCGUGUACGGGCAGACGAUGGCGGGUAGCGUGAUUGACAUCACCGUGAACCGCCAAGUCUCCAAAGAGUCCAUCAGCUGCCAGGCUGAGAACACAUUCACCGGGGAGACGGCGACGCUCAACGUGACAGUCAGUGUCUCGGAUCCUCACUGGUGCGGAUGUUGAAACACUGGAAAAACACUGCACACAUUCUUCAGAUCUGCUAAAUGCUCGGCACACAGCGGAGCGCAAAGUUGUAGUUUGUUAAUCUUGUUAUUAAUGACACUUUCUGUGCCCGUACGGCUGUAUUUGCUCAAGCAUUGUGUACUCUGACUGUGAUGGACUGGCGACCUGAAUAGGGCGUUUCCCCAACAGGUUCCAACCUCUUUGUGACCCUGAAACAAGAUUAGACAGCUAUAAAGAAAUGAUGAUGUGUGCUUGAGUAAUAACUUUUGGGGGGUUUUAAUUACACAAAGCUAAUCUUAUUCUCUUUCAUGAUAUGUUUACAUUUGUCUUGCCAAACACUAUGCACUAUUAUGCUUAAUAAACAAUGAACCUCUGUA